GGGGCUUCCCUUCUCUCUUCAUUCAGCGCUGCCUCGCCGCUGAGCGCUCGCAGCGCUGCUACCCUGGCAUGUCCCGGAGCCGCGUUCCCCUCAGCGACCGGCCCCUGUAGCGCCUCCACCCGCGGGCGAGGCAGGGCCGAGGGGGUGUCAGAGGGUGGCUGUUGCCCAGCCGCGGCGGGCACCGCGCGGCCAUGGGGGGCUCCUGAGGCGGCCGAAGAGAGCGGCGGGGAAGCGGAACGCCUCGCCCCCCGGCAGCCACCAUGGAGGCGCCGGCGCCGCCGCCACCCGAAGCCCCCAGCACCGCGGAGCCGGCCGGCUGCCCCAAGGACACCGACCGCCAGCUGCGCCUCCGUCUCUGCGUCCUCAACGAGAUCCUCAGCACCGAGCGGGACUACGUGGGGACCCUCCACUUCCUGCAGUCGGCAUUUCUUCACCGGAUCCGCCAGAAUGCUGUGGACAAAGCUGAGAAGUACAUAACAGAGGAGAAUGUUAAGAUCUUAUUUUCUAACAUUGAAGACAUUCUUGGUGUUCACAAGGAGUUCCUGGCUGCCCUGGAACUUUGUUUACAACCAGAACCUCAGUCUCAGCAUGAACUGGGAAAUGUUUUCUUAAAAUUUAAAGACAAAUUCUUUGUGUACGAGGAGUACUGUAGCAACCACGAGAAAGCACUCAGACUGCUGAUGGAAUUGAACAAGAUCCCAACAGUGAGAACAUUCCUUCUGGGUUGCAUGCUUUUGGGAGGCAGAAAGACUACAGACAUUCCACUGGAGGGUUAUCUGCUGACUCCAAUUCAGAGAAUUUGCAAAUAUCCACUUCUGCUUAAGGAAUUAGCUAAGAGGACGCCCUCUAAGCAUCCUGAUCACCCAGCUGUCCAGAAUGCAUUGCAGGCAAUGAAGACAGUCUGUACAAAUAUCAACGAGACCAAGAGACAGAUGGAGAAACUGGAAGCCCUUGAACAGUUGCAGUCCCACAUUGAAGGAUGGGAGGGGUCAAAUCUGACAGAUAUCUGCACACAGCUCUUGCUUCAAGGAACUUUGUUAAAAAUCUCAGCAGGAAAUAUCCAAGAGAGAAUGUUCUUUCUAUUCGAUAAUCUACUGGUCUAUUGCAAGAGGAAAUCCAGAGUUACUGGGAAAAAACCAUCUAAGCGGACAAAGUCAAUCAAUGGGUCCCUGUACAUCUUCAGGGGCCGAAUAAAUACAGAAGUCAUGGAGGUGGAGAAUGUGGAAGAUGGAACAGCAGAUUACCACAGCAAUGGUUACACUGUGACAAAUGGCUGGAAGAUACACAACACAGCCAAAAACAAAUGGUUUGUCUGUAUGGCCAAGACUGCAGAGGACAAGCAGAAAUGGCUGGAUGCUAUAAUCAAGGAAAGGGAGCAGAGAGAGAGUUUGAAAUUGGGAAUGGAGAGGGAUGCAUACGUCAUGAUUGCAGAGAAAGGAGAGAAGUUGUACCAAAUGAUGAUGAGCAAGAAAGUGAAUCUUAUCAAAGACAGGAGGAGAAAAUUAAGUACUGUUCCCAAGUGCUUUCUUGGCAAUGAGUUUGUAUCCUGGCUCACAGAGAUUGGAGAGAUAAGCAAACCAGAGGAAGGGGUCAACCUGGGACAGGCACUAUUGGAAAAUGGAAUUAUUCAUCAUGUUUCAGAUAAGCACCAGUUUAAGAACGAGCAGGUGAUGUACAGAUUUCGCUAUGAUGAUGGAACAUACAAGCCAAGAAGUGAAUUGGAAGACAUCAUGUCCAAGGGUGUGAGGCUCUACUGCCGACUACACUGCCUAUACGCUCCAGUGGUAAAAGACCGUGACUACCACCUGAAGACCUACAAAUCAGUAAUCCCUGCAAGUAAACUAGUGGAUUGGCUUAUUGCACAGGGAGACUGUCAGACUCGGGAGGAAGCUGUCGCACUGGGUGUUGGACUCUGCAAUAAUGGCUUCAUGCAUCAUGUGCUGGAAAAAAGUGAAUUUAAGGAUGAAUCCUUGUAUUUCCGCUUUUAUGCUGAUGAGGAGAUGGAAGGCACCAGUUCCAAGAGCAAACAGCUACGGAAUGACUUCAAGCUUGUAGAAAACAUCCUGGGAAAGAGUCUUCUGAUUUUACCAGAAGAGGAUGACUAUGGGUUUGACAUAGAAGAAAAGAACAAAGCAAUCGUGGUGAAGUCAGUUCGACGGGGGUCUUCUGCAGAGAUGGCUGGUCUGCAGACGGGAAGAAAAAUCUAUUCCAUCAAUGAGGACUUAAUAUUCCUACGCCCCUUUUCAGAAGUGGAAACCAUUUUAAGCCAGUCCUUCUGCUCACGAAGGCCACUUAGGCUUCUGGUGGCCACCAAAUCAAAAGAGAUUAUUAAAAUCCCAGAUUCUCCUGAAGCACUUUGCUUUCAGAUACGGGGAGCAUCACCACCAUAUGUUCAUGCAGUAGGAAGAGGUUCUGAGGCUGCAGCUGUAGGCCUUCACCCAGGGCAGUGUAUUUUGAAAGUCAAUGGGAAUAAUGCAGCACAUGGAAAUUAUAUGGAAGUUCUGGAGCACUUUACAGCAUAUAGGACCAGACAACAGGAAGCACUGGGAUUGUACCAGUGGGUGUACAGAACACAUGAAGAUGCUGAGGAAGACAGAGUUCAGCAAGCAACAUCCACUGCAUAUCUGAACAGCAGUCAGCCUGGCUCUAGCAAAGAAGACUCAUCACUGGAAGGAGGUGCAGAUUUGGAUCCUGUUCAGAAUAGUCAACAGGAAUCAGCUCAGACACCACAGGCCAUCGCCUCUCCACUGGUCAUUGGUGAAGAAACACCUCUUGUUUGCCUGACUGUGGAUAACACCCACCUGGAGCAUGGAGUGGUGUAUGAAUAUGUCAGCAAUGCAGGGAUCAAAUCCUUUGUCCUGGAGAAAAUUGUGGAACCAAAAGGUUGCUUCAAUCUUACUGCAAAGAUUCUAGAGGCCUUUGCAGCAGAGGACAGUCACUUUGUAAAGAAUUGCAAAAGACUGAUAUCCCUAAGCAGUGCUGUGGCCACCAUGCCCCAGUAUGAAUUCCGGCAAAUCUGUGACACUAAACUGGAGAGCAUUAGCAGAAGGCUCACAAAUUACCAAGAGUUUGCAGAUGAACUGAAAACAAAGGUGAGCCCAGCCUUCAAACAAGCCACCAUGGAACCACAUUCCCUCAACAGCAUGGAUUUCUGCCCCACCAACUGCCAUGUUAACCUCAUGGAGGUAUCAUACCCCAAAAACACUACCUCAGCAGGGAGGUCGUUCAGCAUUCGUAUUGGACGGAAACCUUCUAUUAUUGGUCUUGAUCCAGAGCAAGCAGGUACUUUAAAUCCAGUCUCAUAUACGCAACAUUGCAUCACCACUAUGGCUGCACCAUCCUGGAGAUGUCUGACCCCAGAAGAUGGAGAUCUUGAUGGUAGUUUUGGCCAGCAGAAUGGAGGAACAAUUCAGGAAGAAAGGGGACUCAGUUUUCUGCUGAAACAGGAAGAUCGGGAGAUACAGGACUCAUACUUGCAUCUUUUUAACAAACUUGAUGUUGCAGUGAAGGAAAUGAAGCAAUAUGUGAUUCAGAUAAAUAAACUUUUGUCCACCAUUACGGAACCUACAGAAGAUGGUGCCUGUGAGCCACCAUCUGCUGAGGAAACAUCUCCACCUUCCCUGGGAACAGAGGAGAGUGAUCCUGACAAAGCUGAGCAUGGUGGAAUCAAGAAGGUCUGUUUUAAAGUUUCUGAGGAGGACCAGGAAGACUCUGGACAUGACACAAUGAGUUUCAGAGACUCCUACAGUGAAUGCAACAGUAACCGGGACUCGGUGUUGUCGUACACCAGUGUACGCAGCAACAGCUCCUACCUGGGCAGUGAUGAGAUGGGAUCAGGAGAUGAACUUCCCAAUGAUAUGAGGAUUCCUUCAGACAAGCAAGACAAACUUCAUGGCUGUCUGGAACAUCUUUUUAACCAGGUAGAUGCAAUCAAUGCACUUCUAAAAGGACCAGUAAUAACUAAGGCCUUUGAAGAAACCAAGCACUUUCCAAUGGACCACAGUUUGCAAGAAUUUAAACAAAAGGAAGAAUCCACAGUUAGGUGCCGGAAUAAUAUUCAAGCAAGCAUUCAAGAAGAUCCAUGGAACCUUCCACUGCGCAUCAAGAACCUUGUUGAAAUCAUACAAAAACAUGUUGAAGAUGGGAAGAAUCAGCUGCUUUUGGCCUUGUUAAAAUGCACAGAUACUGAGCUACAGCUGAGACGUGAUUCCAUCUUCUGUCAGUCCCUUGUGGCCGCUAUUUGCACCUUUUCAGAGCAGUUACUGGCUGCUCUCAACUAUCGAUACAACAACAAUGGGGAAUACGAAGAGAGCAGCAGAGACGCCAGCAGGAAAUGGCUGGAACAGAUAGCAGCCACUGGUGUUUUACUCAACUACCAGUCCCUUCUCUCCCCAGCUGUGAAGGAGGAACGUACCAUGCUGGAAGACAUCCAGGUCACUCUGACUGAACUGGACAAAGUUGUCUUCUAUUUCAAGCAGCUGGAUGAAAGUCUUGUAGCAAAUACUCAUGUCUUCUACCACAUCGAAGGAAGUCGUCAGGCCUUGAAGGUUAUCUUCUAUCUUGACAGCUACUACUUCUCCAAGCUGCCUUCUCGGUUUCAGAAUGGAGGAAGCUUGAAACUGCACACGGUGCUCUUUACAAAAGCUCUGGAGAAUAUGGAGGGGCAAUCACAACCAGCUAUCUCAUCUCUGGAAGAAUUUCCACAGCAAAUAAAUGGUAUUUCACUUGAAAAAGUGCAGCAAUACUACCGUAAACUCAGGACAUUUUACCUAGAGAGAUCAAACUUGCCCACUGAUUCCAAUGCUACUGCAGUGAAGAUCGACCAGCUUAUUCGUCCCAUCAAUGCAAUGGAUGAGCUUUGCAGGCUGAUGAAGUCUUUCAUUCACACAAAACCAACCCAGUCAGGAUAUUCCAGCAGUAACACAUCAGGAGCUGGUCUGCUGCCCAUCUCCUCUGAGCUCUGUUACCGACUCGGAGCCUGUCAGAUCACCAUGUGUGGCACUGGGAUGCAGAGAAGUACACUGAGUGUCUCCCUGGAGCAGGCAGCCACGCUGGCUCGCAGUCAUGGACUUCUGCCCAAGUGCAUCAUGCAGGCUACAGACAUCAUGCGCAAGCAGGGACCAAGAGUUGAAAUCUCUGCCAAGAAUCUGAAAGUGAUGGACCAAAUGCCACACUGCGCACCCCGACUCUAUAGGUUGUGCCAGCCACCUACAGAUGGGGAUUUAUAGAAGUGAGAGGCACCUCCAUUGCAGCAUCGUUCAAGCAUUGAGCUAUGAGCAGCCCAGCCUGAGGACCCACACUAACAGACACUGAUGGUGCUGAACCAAGAGAGGAAGAGAAAUUGCUCUGGUUUAGUAGGGAUGAACCUGCUGCACACAGGCACUGAGAAUCUGCUCCUGCAGUGUGCAGGGAUUCCUGUGUUUCCUUGACUUCUUGAAGAAAUUCUUGAAACAAACAUCCCAGAGCUAAGAUGGAUGCUACUGCCAUUUGCUAGAUGCCUGGAAAAGUUACAAUUUUAUUUCAAGAAAGCACAGUUUUACUGGUGACUGGGUUGUGCUGCCACCUAAAAGUUGUGGACUUCAAGCUACAGCUGGGUUAAGAAAAGCCAGAAUGAAGCAUGUCUGUCUCCUGUGCUGUGCCUGGCAUUCAUUUAAUUGCCAGCAUAAUUUUGGUCAGCAUACUUGAGCAGUAGCUUCAUAAACACCACUUUUUCAUGAACUGACCUGCACUUUUGACCAACAGAUAGCACAAUCUAUGGUUUAUUUUCUAAUAUGAACAUAAAGAAUUUCUUCUGGAAAAAUUUUCCACUUCAGCCCAGUGAGAACCAAUCUCUCUAUGCUGCAGAGUAUACAUUCCAUAAUACUUCAUAACAUUGCUUCAUUUUACUUACUGUAGCUUUCAAGUUUUUGAUUAACUCUAUUUACUAAUGCCCUGUGAUGUACUCUGGAAAUCCAGUACUAUUUAAGAGGAGAGAUUGGUAGUGAAGGAUUUUAAAGGUAAUUUUACAAAGGAAAAGUACAGUUUUAUAAUCUGGUUAUUUGAACAGAUGUUUUUAAAACAGGUCAGAAGAACUAUACUUAUUUAUGUGAAGUGGAAUAUGUUUUCCAUCAUGUUAUUAUAUAUACAAGAUUUAAAUAAAAAUUAUAUUGUUUAAAAUGGGACCAAUAUGCUGGCAAUUACACAGCUACUCCCAGUUUACUGAAAAAAAGUUCUACAUUAUUUAAAAUCUUUCAAUAUUUAAGUAGUCUUUAAUACAGUUAUUAAGAUGUAUUAGGGAUGCUUUUAAGUUAAAAGAAAAAAGGAAUCAUGUAUAUAAUGUACUUUAUUUUUUGUUGUUUGAAAAUUUUUUCUUUGUUCUGUCAGUAUUAUCCUAAGCACAGUAAUAUUUUCCAAGUUACUGACUGAAACUAAUUGAACCAUGUCAGCAGUCUCAGGACAGAAAUAAUGUUCUUUUGGAGUGAGUGCCUUAAUAUGACCACCCAUCCCUAAGGAAUUUCCAUUGUAGCAGGUCUCAGUAGGAGGGUGUAUAGGAAACUUACCAGUCUUCUGUGUCUCCACAGCCUUGUUUGAAACAGUCCAUAGUUGGGAGAUCUGGAAGCUCUUUGCAGUGAUGUACAUUCUAGAAAAUAAAGGUUUGGGGUUUUUAUUUGUGACGUUGUUUGUUUUUUAGCUGGCUUAAUUUUAUUUUAUUAACAUCCAAACCAACUCAAACUAAAAUUAGACUCCUUCCAUUUGAGUAUAAAGGUCUCAACUUUUUAAAUCUACACAUCAACACAAAAUGGCUUAUAACAAGUUUGGAAUGCAGGUUUUUUGAACCUUCCUUACUAAGUUGUUUGAUUUUU